AUGCCUAGCAGAACUGCCCGCUAUGCCCGCUACAGCCCACGGCAGCGGCGGCGGCGGCGGAUGCUGGCUGAUCGCAGUGUGCGUUUCCCUAAUGAUGUUCUGUUCCUGGACCACAUCCGUCAGGGUGACCUGGAGCAGGUGCGGCGUUUCAUCCGGGCUCAGAAAGUGUCCCUGGCCACGAUACAUCCCUCAGGCCUGGCCGCCUUGCAUGAAGCCGUGCUGUCUGGAAACCUGGAAUGCGUGAAGCUGCUGGUCAAAUACGGAGCAGACAUUCACCAGCGAGAUGAGGCGGGCUGGACACCCUUACACAUUGCCUGCAGCGAUGGGUACCCCGACAUAGCCAGGUACCUUAUCUCUCUGGGAGCGGACAGGGACGCAGCCAACGACGAUGGCGACCUGCCCUCCGACCUCAUCGACCCGGACUUCAAGGAGCUGGUGGAGCUCUUCAAAGGGGCCACGAUGGACUGAGCCAGCUCUGCCCGCCCGCCCCCGCGCCCAGGGCCGCCUCCCUGGGGAAGCCGCGCGUCGCCCCGGGGCCAGCACGUGCCCCACCCGUGGGCCAGGGGCGGCCGGACCCGUCCCUCCACGACCCUGCCACCCCU